ACUUAGUCCAGUAGACACAGACUACCAUGCGGGCCUUCAUCCUCUUCGCGAUCCUAUCGGUGGCGGCUGCCAGGCCGGGUGGCAUCAUUGACGGCUGGCACGCACCUGCACAACUAUCGUCAGUGAGCUAUGUGCAACAACCAACAGUGGUUGCGCAGCCCGUGGUACACGCCGCCCCAGUGGCUAUCGCCAAGCCUGCCACGAGCUACGCUUCCUUCCAACAGAUUGUACACCCAGUACAAGUAGCCCAGCAAGUGGUUCACGCAGCCCCCGUCAUCUCCCAACCCGUGGUCCAUGCCGCCCCAGUGGUACAAGCCGUAGCGCAGCACGUGGUCGCACAGCCCGUGGUCCAAGCUGCCCCUGUGGUACAGACAUACGCCCAGCCCGUGGUACAGAAGUACCUCUCUGUUGGUUCCUAUGGUGGGUCCUACGGGGGUGGCUACGGGGGCGGUUACGGCCAUGGCUGGUAAGUCAUCAGAUAAGGUGUUUGGUGUGUAAAUAUAUUACUAUAAGCGUUCGAGAUCGUGUCCGUAUUGUUGAUGUGGUGCACAAUAAAAGUUUUUCAUCAGUA